AUGGGAGAUCGAGAUUCGGCCAAUUCCCUUCCUCCCUCCUCCUCCAUCACCAUCUCUGAAUCUUCCUCCACCGCCCUGUCUAUACCUCCCGCCCUCAAGUUCUUAGUCUCGAAUAUCAAGAACCUCGCUCCGCAUCACCUCACUAUGAAUAACUAUGCUAUAUGGCGGGCGCAAAUACUUCAGCAAAUCACCACCAAUGAGUACGCCGGCCAUCUAACCGACAUCACCACUUCACCAACCGACGUCGAUUCCACCGAUUACGCUCGCUGGCAGCUUGCAGACAACAAUCUACUAUCCACCCUCUUCUCAACAAUUUCUCAAUCUAUUCUACCAUACAUUCUUUCCUCCAUCACCACACAUGAAGCUGGGUCGAUUCUUGAAUGGCGCCUCCAACCCACUUGUCAUUCUCGCAUCAUCCAACUAAAGAAUGAACUUCAUCACGUUCAACUGAAAGAUCUUACCAUGCAACAGUACCUAGCUCAGAUAAAAUCAAUAGCUGACAACAUCGCCGCCUCCGGAUCAAAAAUUGAUUCGGAGGACAUCAUCAUAUAUAUCUUUAAUGGUCUCCCGUCCACCUACAACUCCUUCAAGACCUUCAUUUGUACCUCUCUUCUACCUAUAGAUCUCGACACUUUAUACUAUCUUCUAUGCAGCGAGGAGAUUAAUCUCCAUCAAGAGCACCUCAAAGAUCAAACAACAAGUUCACCGGCUACAACUCUCUAUGCCUGUUCAUCCAAAAAAUUAUGUGGACGCCCCCAUAAAUGA